AUGCGACGCGGCGUGAAGAGGCGGCGGCGCCGGCCCCGGGCCGCCUGGGGCGGCGGCGGCGGCGGCGGCUACGGAGUGGAAGGAGGGGCCGGGCUGGAGGCGCUGGAGGAGAAGGUAGUGUACUCGCGGUCGCAACUGUCGCUGGCCGGCAGCACCGAGGCGCUGGGCGACGCCUUCAAGCUCUUCAUGCCCAGCAGCACGGAGUUCAUGAGCUCGGAAGCGGAGCUCUGGAGCUUCCUCUGCAGCCUCAAGCACCAGUUCUCCCCGCACAUCCUGCGCAGCAAGGACGUCUAUGGCUACUCCUCGUGCCGGGCACUGGUGCCCGACCCCCCGGCGCCCGCCAGCCGCCCCGCGCGUCGGCAGCGCCCUCGCGCAACGCCCAGGAGGAGGCGCCGUGGAGCUCGGGCCGCCGUGGGCACCCGCGGGCCGCGCCCCGCCGCCGCUGAACCCGGGCCGCCGGCGUCCUGCUUUGGGGGCCGCACCCUGGAGGAGAUCUGGAGGGCGGCCACCCCGACGCUGACCAGCUUCCCGACCAUCCGCGUCGGCGACGACGUGUGGGACGAGCGCAGCCUGGCGGUGGCCCGGCGCAGGGCGCGCCAAGUCCUGCGAGUGGACCUGGACCCGGUGGUGAAGCUGCGCCGCUUCCCGGUACCCCGUGCAUGACGCGCGCUGCGGCGCCUCCUGCUGGCCACCUCCCGAGGAAAACUUCAGCGCUCUGGAAGGGACUAAUGUCAGUCGAAUGUUUACAGAACCGGCCCCCCCCCCCCCCUUGGUGCACUUUAUGCGCGAACUAGGUCCCCGGAUGCGGUGCGGCGCCGCGGUACCGGGAUCGGGACAAGGUGCGGUCCCGCGCCCGCGGCCAGACCCGGCCCGCAGCAGAAAAGUCUCUUUGCUUCCCAACCCGGAUGCGGACGUCUCCAGCACUGGAGGGACACGUGCAUUUUCUGCCUCUCGGACUCUACCUCACCGGUCUGGAAGUCCUCCGAAGAC